CAACCAGAAGAUAGCGUGGAAACUGCAUUUUUUAAUGCAGAUUUUUCAGAAUCAUGAAGCAACAGUGAUGUUACAUUUCUUUUAGUUCUUUCGUAACCUGCGCGUUUGGUAUCCAUGUACAAUUCUGUCCAAGUGCUUUAGAUGAUUUUACUACUCUUUGACUAUUAAAUAUUUUAAUAUCUUAUAACUACACAACUGCUCCUUGCCAGGAUUUCUGAAAUUAUUUUAAGUCAAUAUGUCUUGCAAUUUGCCAGUUAUAAAAACUUGCAACAGUCUUGUAUUUUUUGACCUUGAAACGACAGGAAUUCCCGCUUUUCAUUCGCCAAAAAUAACAGAACUGUCAUUCUGUGCUGUUGAAAGAAAUCAAUUUCUUCAUGGCCAACCCAAACAAGUACCACGUGUGACCAACCGCUUGAAUCUUUGCAUUUACCCCUCAAGACUUGUUGAUCCUGUGGCUAGUGACAAAACAAAGCUUGACAAUUACAACUUAGAACACCAGAGCAAGUUUGAUGAAGAUGUCUUUAAUGUUAUUUAUAGUUUCUUGAACAGACUAAAAAAACCUGUUUGUCUGAUUGCUCACAAUGGUUUCAGAUUUGAUUUUCCUAUCCUUAGAUCAGAAAUAGCAAAAUUAGAUAAGGAGUUACCAGAUGAAAUUUUUUGUGCGGAUUCUCUUCACAUAUUUCGUAAAUUGCAGCGUCCUUCGGCAAAUUCGUCGUCCGUAAUAGAAGAUACUACGAAAACCACCGUCGAGUCCCCGCUUGUAUCAACCCCUGUUAACCCUUUUCAACUUAUUAAUGAAAAAACGCCUGAAAAAAAAGAACGUAACGAGCUGAAGUUCACGAGAAACACCGAAAUGAAAUGCAGAAAACGCUUAACUUUCCGACUAGAGGACGUGUAUGAAAGAGUUUACGGCCAAAAGCCAGUAACGUCGCAUGUUGCUGAAGCCGACGUCAUUGCUCUUCUCUUAUCGGCUAUCGCAACUCCUAUCGAGUUCUUGAACGCCAUUGAUUGUGACUCGGUUCCCUUCACGAGCAUUAAGAAGUGUUGGUAAUCCAAUGCCUUGGUUUCAUAGGUGCUUUUGGCAAACCAUUUUUACAAAUUCAAAUUAUUUUUCCCUUUUGACUCAUCUUGACAUGAACAUUUUAUAACUAUUAUAUCCAUUCUCAUGGCUGACUACGGAUAUAGCGAGGAAAGAAAAUAACGAUUUCACAAUUGACAAUUUUAGGCGGGUAGUUUUGAUAUCAAACGCUAUUGUUGCGAUAACCUUCCAUGUGUAAAGUGAAAUUAUUUUGCAGUGAAUAUACAUGACUUUUCAAUCGGA